AUGGCGGCGGCGGGCCGGCUGCCGAGCUGCUGGGGGCUGCUGGCGCUGCUGGCGCUGCUGGGCGGCGGGCCGGCCCCGGCGCGGGCGCUGCACAACGUCACGGCCGAGCUCUUUGGGGCCGAGGCCUGGGGCACCCUGGCGGCCUUCGGAGACCUCAACUCCGACAAGCAGACGGACCUCUUCGUGCUGCGGGAAAGAAAUGAUUUAAUCGUCUUCUUGGCAGACCAGAAUGCACCCUAUUUUAAACCCAAAGUGAAGGUUUCCUUGAAGAACCAGAGCGCACUGAUCACGGGCGUAGUGCCGGGAGACUACGAUGGAGACUCUCAGAUGGAUGUCCUCCUGACGUAUCUGCCCCAAAACCAUGCUGGCGGUGAAUUAGGGGCUGUGAUCAUCUGGGGACAAAAUCAAACAUUAAAUCCCAAUAAUAUGACCAUACUCAAUAGGACUUUUCAAGAUGAACCUCUAAUUAUGGACUUCAAUGGUGAUUUAAUUCCUGAUGUGUUUGGUGUCACCAGUGAAUCCAACCAGCCGCAGAUACUACUAGGAGGGAAUUUAUCAUGGCACCUUGCGCUGACCACUAAACAUAAAAUGAGACUUCCACAUUCUCACGCGUUUAUUGAUCUGACUGAAGAUUUCACAGCAGAUUUAUUCCUCACGACAGUGUCUGCCUCUGGUACCUCCCAGUUUGAGAUAUGGGAAAAUCUGGAUGGAAAUUUCUCUCUCCGCACUAUAUUUGAAAAACCUCAAAAUAUGGUGGUGGUUGGCCAGUCAGCAUUUGCAGACUUUGAUGGAGACGGGCACGUGGACCACCUGCUCCCGGGCUGUGAGGAUGACAGCUGCCAGAGGAGCGCCAUCUACUUAGCGAGACAUGGAGCAAAGCAGUGGGUUCCAGUCUUACAGGAUUUCAGCAACAAGGGUACCCUCUGGGGCUUCGUGCCAUUUGUGCGUGAACAGCGGCCAGCGGAAAUACCAGUUCCAAUAACCCUGCACAUUGGAGACUACAACAUGGACGGCUACCCGGACGCCCUCGCCGUGCUGAGGAACACCUCCGGCAGCGGCCAGCAGGCCUUCCUACUGGAGAACGUCCCCUGCAGUAACGCCAGCUGCGAGGGGGCGCAUCGGAUGUUCAAGGUCUACUGGGAGCUGGUGGGCCUGAGUCCGAUCAGAGACGCCGUGGUCGCCACCUUCUUCGACAUUUACGAAGACGGGAUCCUGGACAUCGUGGUACUAAGUAAAGGGCCCGCCAAGAACAACUUUGCCAUCCACGCAUUAAAAAACAACUUCGAAGCAGAUGCCUAUUUUGUCAAAGUCAUUGUUCUUAGUGGCCUCUGCUCUAAUGACUGUCCUCGUAAGAUAACGCCCUUCGGAGUAAACCAGCCUGGCCCUUACAUCAUGUACACCACUGUCGAUGCCAACGGAUAUCCGAAAAAUGGCUCAGCCGGACAGCUCAGCCAGUCGGCGCAUCUGGCUCUCCAGCUGCCGUACAACGUGCUCGGCUUAGGUCGGAGCGCCAACUUCCUGGACCACCUCUACGUCGGCAUUCCCCGCCCAGCCGGAGAGAAGUCUGUGCGGAAGCAGGAGUGGACGGCGAUCAUCCCAAACUCCCAGCUGAUCGUCAUCCCGUACCCGCACGACGUCCCUCGGAGCUGGAGUGCCAAACUGUACCUGACCCCGAGCAACAUCGUCCUGUUGACGGCCGUGGCGCUUGUCGGCGUCUGCGUGUUCAUCCUGGCCAUCAUCGGAGUCCUGCACUGGCAGGAGAAGAAAGCAGACGACCGAGAGAAGCGACAAGAAGCCCACCGAUUCCACUUCGACGCCAUGUGACCUGCCUUUAAUCAUGUUAUGGAACGUCGACUUGCUUGAUUAACUGAAAUGCUAAAUUUGGGGGAUUUUGAAUAUUAUUUAUAAAUUAUGCAUCCUUUGGUAAUUACUGGAAAGUAUUCAAAUAAAUAUGGUCUGAAUGUGUCGCA